CCUCAUGGCCCUCCACUCAGCUUUGGCAAUUUCAAAUAGAAGACAACAUGGAAGUAUUGGAACUCCCCGAAGGAUUCUUCGGGGAUCUUUCCUUCGUGCAGAUACGGAUAAACAACACGGCAGUGAAGAAGGUCCACCUGUCAGCCAUGCUACCUUGGAAAGACUUGCAUAUGAAACUCGUCAUUAUCGAUAGCCUUCUCGAGAACUUUCCUUUUAAUAUACUUUCUGAAUUCCGCCAUCUGGAAAGCCUCUAUCUCUACAACAAUUCAUUGACCUCUGUCCCGCCCUUCAGGAGCGACAGCCUAGAAGUACUCAGUCUUCGACACAAUAUGAUCAGGGACGUGGAAUUGAAUGAAUGGGAUACUCCUAAAUUGAGAACAUUGGAACUCAACAACAAUUUCUUGACCUCUGUUCCGGCCUUCAAGAGCGGCAGCCUUGAAAUACUCAGUCUUACCAACAAUAACAUCACGAGUGUGGAGUUCGACGGAUGGGUGACUCCCAAAUUGAGAGAACUCUGGCUAUUUAACAACUUGUUGUCUUCUGUCCCGGCCUUCAAGAGCGACAGCCUUGAAAUACUCAGUUUAUACGGCAAUAAAAUCACGAAUGUGGAAUUCGACGGAUUGGGGACUCCCAAGUUGAAAAAACUCUAUCUCUACAACAAUUCCUUGACCUCUGUCCCUGCCUUCAACUGCGGCAGCAUAGAAAUACUCGGUCUUCACACCAAUAAGAUCACGAGUGUGGAGUUCCACAGAUGGGUGACUCCCAAAUUGAGAGAACUAUACCUCUACAACAAUUUGUUGACCUCUGUCCCGGCCAUCAAGAGCGACAACCUAGAAAUACUAAGCUUGUAUGGCAAUAAGAUCACGAGUGUAGAGUUUCACGAAUGGGUGACUCCCAAAUUAAUGGUGCUCGACGUCAACAAUAAUUUGUUGACCUCUGUCCCGGCCUUCAAGAGCUACAGCCUGGAAAUACUUCGCCUUGAUGACAAUAAGAUCACGAGUGUGAAGUUCGACAGAUGGGUGACUCCCAAAUUGAGAGAACUCUACCUCUACAACAAUUUGUUGACCUUUGUUCCAGUCUUCAAAAGCUACAACCUAGAAACACUCAGUUUACAUGCAAAAAAUCCUCUGUCAAGACUCCCAUCAGCAGCAAUCAAGGGUAUGAAGAAACUGGAGGAAUUCUUUUCGUCAGAGUGCAAUCUGGGUCCAACACUUUCAAGAGGCGUCCUGGAAUUCCAGAGCAAGGCCUUGAAACUGAUAACACUCUGGGGCAACAAUAUCUCCAAACUUGAUGAAGGAGCAAUCACAGGUCUUGGACCGAAUACCAAGGUUCAACUGACCAACAACGAAAUCGUCGUUUUGUCUGAGGACAGCUUCCGUCCGAUGCUGGACAUCCUCUCUACAGGAGAUGGAGUCCUCUAUCUAGACGUAUGCGGGAAGAAGGAAAGUCAAAUUCAACUAUCAGCAGGAGGAAACCCAUCUAAAAUCGGAGAAUGGCCAUGGCAAGCGGCCAUUUAUGACCUCACGAAGGGAGAUGUCAUUUGUGGAGGGGCUCUUAUUAGGGAAGAAUGGGUGCUAACAGCGGCCCAUUGUGUCGUUGUAUCAAGUUCCAUCCGAACUCGAAAUGUUACUGAAAUUUCGGUCCACCUAGGGAAACACAAUCGACACGAUCUCAUUGACAAGUACAUGCAGAUCCAACAGGUUCAGUGA